AUGGUUUCCUGUGGUCUGAUGUGUUACUUCCUAAUUCAACUAUUGUGUGAGUCUCGUCUCUUUUCUCACUCUCGCUGUAAUGGAGUUGUUCAUCUUCAUUGCUUUUCAGCUUCUUAUGGAGGUUCAGUCUUACAAAUCUCCUGCUGUAAGAGUAUCUCCAGAUGUGCUAAGAGAGUCCAGAUCAGUGAAGAUGAUCUGUGAGACGCCAGCAGAUGUUACAGUGAAACAGUGUCAUUUCUACAGAAACAGUGAACAGGAGAAUAUAAAAGUCAGACCAUCAUGUGAACUCGAGCUCACUGGUGUUGAAGUGCUCAGAUGGGCAGAUGUAAAAUCACCUGCAUCAGUCGACAUUUAUUGCUUCUACAUAAUAACUGAGCACGGGAUUAAUAAACCAUCAUCUUAUUCUCCUGCUGCUACAGUGACGGUUCUAGGUUCGCUUCAGAAACCCUUCAUCAGUGUUAGUGACGAUGAUGUCCAGAUCAACAUAGCCUGUGAAAUACCACUUUCAGUCAGAGCUGAUUUCAUCUGUAGUCUCUACACUGAGGAUGUUCUUCUGCACACACACAUCUCUCAGAAGAGUCAGUUUGGAGAAUAUCAUCUUUGUAUGUUUUAUUUAAAAAACAGUGAGCUCUUGACACGAUCAGUGAACAGCAGACAUCUGAGCUGUGAUUAUUACAUCAUCAACACUGAACCUGAGAUCAGAUCACCGCGCAGUGACACACACACCUUCAGAGAUCUUCCUCAGGCCAGGUUAACAGCAUCUGCUUCAGUUAUAAUGGAAACAGACACAGUUCAGCUGAGCUGUGAGAAUACUAAAGAUCUGAAGAUGGAGAUGUGUUACUUUAACAUAAAUGAAAGAGAAACUAACUCAAAACUGAGCUCAUCAUGUCAGCUCUCACUCACUGGAUCUCAGAUCAGUAUUUGGUCAGAAGGUCAGAGUUCAUCUGUGAGAAUAACCUGCUUCUACACUGAGAAGAAGUCACAAGUUCAAACACCAUCUCCUCACUCCGAUCCAGUGACAAUAACAAUCCAGAGUGAGUCUUGA